CGCGCAUGCGUCCCUGCAGUCCACAACCAUGGCCGCUCUGCGGAUCCUGCCCUUUCGGCUGCCGAGGGUUCCCCUGGCGUUUUCCCGCCGGCUCAGCAACAGCCCCCCUCGGCGCGCGCCCACGGUGCCCGAGCGCAUUGAGGAGAAGCGUCGGGCUGCGCUGCUCGGCGGCGGCCAGGCGCGCAUAGAUGCACAGCACCGGCGGGGAAAGCUGACAGCCAGGGAGCGUGUUCUUCUUUUACUGGAUCCUGACAGUUUUGUAGAAUAUGACAUGUUUGUGGAACACAGAUGUGCAGAUUUUGGGAUGGAGGCCGAGAAAAACAAGUUCCCUGGAGACAGUGUGGUAACUGGCCAGGGUAGAAUUAAUGGCAGAUUGGCAUAUGUCUUCAGUCAGGACUUCACUGUGUUUGGAGGCAGUUUAUCUGGAGCACAUGCUCAAAAGAUCUGCAAGAUAAUGGAUCAGGCUGCUAUGGUUGGUGCUCCUGUUAUUGGGUUGAAUGAUUCUGGAGGGGCCCGGAUCCAGGAAGGAGUAGAGUCCCUGGCUGGUUAUGCUGAUAUAUUUUUGAGAAAUGUACUAUGUUCUGGGGUAAUACCACAGAUUUCUCUUAUUAUGGGCCCUUGCGCAGGAGGGGCUGUCUACUCUCCUGCUUUAACAGAUUUCACAUUCAUGGUAAAGGACACAUCCUAUCUAUUCAUAACAGGCCCUGAUGUAGUCAAAUCAGUCACCAAUGAAGAUGUUACUCAGGAGCAACUUGGAGGUGCAAAGACCCACACUGCAGUAUCAGGGGUUGCACACUGUGCCUUUGAGAAUGACAUAGAUGCUUUGCUCAAUCUCAGAGAGUUUUUUAAUUACCUACCGCUUAGCAAUAAGGAUCCAGCUCCUGUCAGAGAAUGCCAUGACCCUAUCAACCGGUUGGUUCCUGAGUUGGAUACCAUUGUCCCGAUGGAAUCUACUAAAGCUUAUGACAUGGUGGAUAUUGUGCAUUCGAUAGUUGAUGAGAGAGAAUUCUUUGAGAUCAUGCCCUCCUAUGCCAGAAAUAUCAUUGUUGGAUUUGCCAGAAUGAAUGGAAGAACUGUUGGAAUAGUUGGCAACCAGCCCAAAGUUGCAUCAGGCUGUUUGGACAUAAACUCCUCCGUGAAGGGAGCCCGUUUCGUUCGCUUCUGUGAUGCUUUCAACAUUCCUCUGAUAACUUUUGUAGAUGUACCUGGAUUUUUACCAGGGACAUCUCAGGAAUAUGGUGGGAUUAUACGCCAUGGAGCAAAACUGCUCUUCGCUUUUGCAGAAGCAACUGUGCCAAAAAUCACUAUUAUCACAAGGAAGGCUUAUGGUGGGGCCUAUGAUGUGAUGAGUUCAAAACAUUUAAGAGGAGAUGCUAAUUAUGCAUGGCCAACAGCAGAGGUAGCAGUGAUGGGUGCCAAGGGAGCCGUGCAGAUAAUUUUCAGGGGAAAGGGGGCACAUGCAGAAGCAGAGUAUGUGGAAAAGUUUGCAAAUCCUUUCCCUGCAGCAACCAAAGGGUUUGUUGAUGACAUCAUCCAACCUUCUUCAACUCGACUGCGAAUCUGCCGUGACUUGGAAGUCCUGGCUAGCAAAAGACAAUCCAACCCCUGGAAGAAGCAUGCCAAUAUUCCUCUCUGAAUUUGUUUUAAGGAAAAGGGAUGAUAGGUUGCCAGGAAAGCAGUGGAGCCCAACUCAAAUCCUGACUCUGAAUCGUCAGAAGUAUGUGGAAAUUUUUAUGGAUUAUAUUCUAGAAGGGUUGGGAUACUAUGAGAUUGUAGACAAGGAAUCAAUUGUACAUUUAAGGAAAAGGUACAACAUAUGGAAGUUGUCACGAUAUGCUGUAACUUCAUCUUUGACAGUCAAAAGACAGAACGGAUAAUCAUACAUAAAUGUAAAGCCAGCAUAUUGCAACAGAAGUCUUAAGAGAAUAUGGAAUUAAACUAUUUUGUUUCCUUUAAACAA